ACCAAGCAGGAAGAGCCUGUCAGGCUGAUUCCGCGCCUCCUGAGCUGAUGGUGUGUUUUCACAUGUAGUUAAACCUGCUGCGUCCGUUACACUGUCUGUACGCGCCGUCUCAGUCAUGUCUGUGUUAAAAAGCAUUUUUAAACUGUUCGUGUUCGCCUCAGUCGCCGCCGUGGUCGCACUGCUGCUGCAGCAUUGGAUGGCCACCAAGCAGUACGUUUUCAACAAAGACGACGUCGCUAAGUUGGCCAAACAGUAUGCAGGACAGGACCAUGAGCAGGCCUUCUCCAAAGUGGUGGUGGAGCUCAGGAAGAGGUAUCCGGGCCAUAUCCUGCCUGACGAGGACCUGCAGUGGGUGUUUGUGAAUGCUGGAGGCUGGAUGGGCUCCAUGUGUCUGCUCCACGCUUCGCUCACAGAGUAUGUGCUGCUGUUUGGUACUGCAGUGGACACAGGAGGACACUCGGGUCGUUACUGGGCUGAGAUUUCUGACACCAUCAUCUCCGGCACCUUCAGACAGUGGAAGGAGGGCACGACAAAGAGUGAAAUAUACUAUCCUGGUGACACUAUCGUUCACACUGCAGGCGAGGCCACGUCAGUGCAGUGGACCGCAGGGACGUGGAUGGUGGAAUAUGGCCGAGGUUUCAUCCCGUCCACGCUAGGAUUCGCUCUGGCUGACACUCUGUUCAGCACCCAGGACUUUGUCACAAUGUUCUACACUGUACGAGUCUACGUGAAGGGAAUGCUGCUGGAGGCCGGUACACUACUUACAGAAGCUGGAGUUUUCUGAGGCACCCUUUUUUUUAAGGCUCAGAGAUCUACAUAUGGACAGUAACAUCAAAGGUUUAAUUUGGGAUGCUGUUCUAUCCAGGAUGAUGCACACAUCUGUGCUGGAUACUUGCAAGUUUAGUUUUAAAAAAAAUGUACCACAAUUUCUAGACAAUCCACCAUUGAUACCAUUAUCAUCAUCAAAGUGCUUUCCCCUCAUUUAUGCCUUUACAUCACACUAAUGUACUUACUUACCAGAAGAGUCAGCAUUCCUCUGAGAGCACAAACUGCCUAAAUAUUCUGUGAGGUCUUCAGAACCUUGCAACCACUUACCCAAAUAUACGGUAAACAAACCUUAAUUUGACUCAUAAAACAAAUGCAAUAUUUAUAUAGUACAAAACCACUAUUUUCUUAGUAAAUAUCUAUUUCCUUUUUAUGUGCUUGUUAAUUCUCUGUAAAUUAAGAACGUGUUUGUAUCAAGCUUCAUUAAGACCAUUUCCUGAUCAUCACUGACCUGUUUGUACUAUAUGUUGCAGUAUAUGUACCAAAUAUACUGUAUAACUGAUCAUAAAUGGGGAAUUAGCUGCUCAAUCUCCACCCUUUCUGAUAAAGUGGUUUCCAUGGGAGUGAGAAUAUACAUAAAUGACCCCAAAAAUAUCCAACUUAAUUACAGCAGCGACUGCUUGGUGUGUUCUCAGAUGGGACUGUGGACAAAACAGAAAAAGUGCUGGACAUAAAAACCUCAGUGUACCUUAAACUGACGAGCAGAUGUGCAAUUUACUGUAAGGUAACGAUGGAAACUGUGCUGGAAGAAAUAAAUAUUUCUGAUGGAAAAUGA